AUGGACAUCGACAAAACGUUCCUGACCCAGACAUCCAUAGGACUGGUGUUGGUUUAUACCAUCGUUUCCAUCAUACGCUUCUCACUACGCUCCCUUCCGCCAAAAUACUACCCUCCAGGACCGCCCUGCCUCCCUCUGAUCGGAAACGUGCACCACUUCGCCUCCGACAAGCUUCACGUCAAAUUUUCCGAAUGGCGCCAAACCUAUGGCGACAUCGUCGGGCUCAAAGCCGGUCCCUUAAACCUCGUGGUUCUCAAUAGUGCUGAGGUCGUUCGUGAGCUGCUCGAGAAGCGAGGCAACAUUUACUCUGGCCGACCUACUGACUAUAUCUUCCGAGAACACAUUGUUCAGGACACGCAACACAUUCUUUUCUUGCAGAAUGACGCUUAUUUGAAAAGAUAUCGGUCGGCGGUAAGAUCGUUGCUGGGUCCUGCAGGAUGCGAGCAAGCCCUGCCAUUGCAGAAUGCAGCAGGAGCGUAUUUCGCCUAUAGGCUUAUCAUGUCACCUGAGAAGUGGGAAGACCAUCUUCACAACUGGGCCAUGGGCACACCGUUGACAGCAAUCUGCGGCCAUCGAGGAGCACAGAAGGACAAAGAUCUCAUCAAGCUGUUCUAUGACAACCAGAAAAACUGGCUGGAGCUGCUGAACCCCGGAUCCGCCCCUCCAAUCAACAUGUUCCCCAUCCUCAAGUACGUACCGGCUUUCCUGGCUAAAUGGAAGGGUCAAGCCGCAGAGCUGCGCAAGAAUCAACAGUACUUCUAUAAGAUCAUGCUGGACUCGGCUAAAGAGGAAUUGAAGCUCCACGAGGCGGGUCAGAAUCCUAAGCCAAAGGACUUUCUGUCUCUGAUGGCGAGGCUGCUUCAGGAGCAGGACAGUAAGACCGGUUUCGACGACCACCAGCUCGCAUAUCUAGGCGGAGGCCUCUACGACGCAGCUGUCGAUACCACGUAUCUCACCUCCUUGCACUUCAUCAAGGUCCUAGGCGCUUAUCCCAAGAUCUUGAAGCGUGCACAAGCCGAAGUAGAUGAUGUGUGCGAGGCAGGCAAGCCGCCCCGUACGCAAGAUCUGGAUAAGUUGCCAUACUUAAAGGCGUGUUUCUCCGAGGUUCUUCGCUGGCGCCCAGUGGCCACCGUCAACCUCCCUCAUACCCUCGAUGCAGACGAUAUAUUCCGCGGCUACCAUAUUCCCAAGGGCACGACCAUCCUCCAGAACAUCUGGGUUGACUCGCACGACUCAAACCUCUUUUCCUCGCCCGACACUUUCAAUCCCGACCGCUACCUCGCAAACCCCUACGGCACCGAUCUUUCGGUCGAGGAAUGCCAGGCAGAAGGUCGGAAACUGGUCUAUGCAUUUGGUAGUGGCCGUCGCCAGUGUCCUGGUAAUCUGUUUGCACAGAAUGGGUUCUUGGCUAUGGCGGCUAAGCUUGUCUGGGCUUUUGAUGUGAGAGCGAAAGGGGAGCUGGAUAUGAGUGUCGAGACGGGGUUUCAUGGUGGACUGUUGUUGGGUAGCGAGCCUUUUGCGGUGGAGUUUGUUCCGAGGAGCGAGAUGCAUCGUCAGGCUAUUAUUGAAGACUGUGAAAAGACACGGUCGUGGCUUGAUUGA